AUGGCACAGCUCGUCUCCUCAGAACGUGCUUAUGUUUCGUCUGCUGCACUAGUCACUCUUUUGUCUAUCGUUACUUCUCUUCAUCUCCAGAUGGUCCAAGCUGGUCUCGUCCCACCUGAUAAGAAUGAGACAAUCCCGGCUCUGCUAGUGUUUGGAGAUUCGAUUAUGGAUACAGGCAACAACAACUACAUAGUCUCGUUGGCCAAGUGCAAUUUCCCUCCUUACGGGAGGGACUUCGUAGGAGGGAUACCCACUGGAAGGUUUAGGAAUGGAAAGGUUCCCUCCGACUUCUUAGCUGAAGAAUCUGGAGUGAAGGAGCUUUUGCCACCUUAUCUCGACCCCGACUUACAAACUCAAGAUCUUAUUACUGGCGUAAACUUUGCUUCGGGUGGUGCUGGAUAUGAUCCUCUCACAUCUCAAAUAGAGACGGCCAUAUCAUUAUCGAAACAGUUGAAAUUGUUCAAGGAAUAUAUGGGAAAAUUAAAGGAAGCAGUGGGAGAGGAGAGAACAGCAACCAUACUGUCCGAGAGCAUAUACAUUAUGUGUGUAGGGAGCAACGACGUUACCAUUAACUACUUUUUUGCACCAUUCCGGAGACCAAAUUAUGAUGUCUCUGCCUUCACCGAUCUCUUGCUUCAAUUUGCUUCUACUUUCCUACAGAUGUUCAACGCUAAGCUAUCUUCUGAAUUAAUCUCUCUCACUAACAAGCUAUCACAUUCAACCCUUGUGUAUAUUGAUGUCUACUCUUCUUUACUUGACAUCAUUCAAAGGCCUCAAGAUUAUGGGUUUGAAGAGGUAACCAGAGGAUGUUGUGGAACGGGGAAGAUAGAAACAACGAUACUGUGCAAUGUUUUGAACCCUUUUACAUGUAAAGAUGCCUCCAAGUACUUGUUUUGGGAUAGUUUCCAUCCCACCGAGGCAGGCUACAAGGCCCUCUUCACUAUCUUCAUGAAGAACUAUUUUAGAAAGUUCUUUCAAAGCUGA